AUGGAAAAACUCUCCAAAGAAACAUUCUCAUUCAUGAAGGAAACAAGAAUUAAUCUCAAGAAUCAAGGUGCUUCACUUAGAAAUUUGGAGGUGCAAGUAUGCCAAAUUGCUCAAAAAUUAGAGAAAGCCACAAAUGUUCUUCCCAAUGACACAAUUCCAAAACCAAAAAAUGAGUGCAAGGCUAUUUGUUUGAGGAGCGGAAAGGUAGUGGAACAAGAAGAAAAAGAAAAUCUCACUGCCAAUGACAAACAAAGGAAAGAGGCAACAGAGAACAUUCAUCAAGAGAAGCACAUGCAGCCCACACUCCAGCAAACAAUUCAAGCUAUAAAAGCUCCACCAAAAGAGAGCAUUCCAGUGCCUAAAUACAAGCCAAAAAUUUCAUAUCCUCAAAGGCUCCAAGAGAAAAACAAGGAGAAGCAAUAUUCCAAAUUCUUAGAGAUAUUCAAGAUUUUGCACAUCAACAUCCCAUUUAUAAAAGAUCUUGAACAAAUGCCCUUGUAUUCUAAAUUUAUGAAGGAUUUGUUGUCCAAGAAAAGAUUCUUAAAGGGAGGCCAAACAGUAAUGAUGAGCAAGGAGUAUAAUGCAAUCAUUCAAAGGAACUUGCCAACAAAGAAGAAAGAUCCAGGAAAUUUUCAAAUUCCUUGUACUAUUGGCAACACCACCUUUGAAAGAGUUUUAUGUGAUUUGGGGGCAAGUAUUAAUCUAAUGCCUUUAUCUGUGAUGAAGAGGUUACAAAUUCAAGAGUUGAAGCCCACCAAAAUAGCUCUACAACUUGCAAACAAAUCAAUGAAGCUUGAACAUGGGAUAGUUGAAAAUGACUUGAUCAAAGUGGAAAAAUAUUUCCUCCCAGUGAAUUUUGUUAUUCUUGAUAUAGAGAAAGAUGAGCAUGCUUCUAUCAUUCUAAAAAGACAUUUUCUAGCCAUUGGAAAUCCCUUAUUGAUGUUGAAAAGGGUGAAUUAA